AUGUCGCUCUCGGAACUUUCCACUGAAAUCGACGAGAUGAUCAUACAAUACCUCCCGCAACGUGCCGUCCACAACCUGAUGCUUACAAACAAGUACUAUCGCAAGAUAGCGGAGCCGUAUCUUUACAGGAACGUCCAACACAUCCGGAGCUUCGCCUUCGAUAUUGCUAACGAGCAAUGGGAAGCAGACCUUCAUUAUCUUCGUUAUUACGAUCCGAACAAUACCAUUGAGAAGGCCAGUAAAGACCUCUCCAAAAAGUCAUCAGAGGUACAGAAAGCUCUCAAAGACCUCGCGUACCCAUUGAAAGAGCCUCUGUUUGACGUGACGUGGUAUUAUAGUAUGUCCAGAGAGAUCUGGGCUAUAGAUGCUUCGCUGGCUCUUAUACUCUGUCUCGCAACCAACCUCGAACACCUUCGGCUGAUGAACAUGAGUUCUGCAAUCAUCGAAGCCGUCUGCCCCGCACGCUGGCAAAGACUCACCAAAAGCGCAUCUUUGGGAGUCUGGCCUUUGGGAAAGUUGAAGAGCCUAGAUGUAUACCUUGGAAAGGAAGCGGCUAUUCCAAUAUUGGCACCUAUAGAGACCUUGAAAGCCAGCGGUGCCCGAACUUUCCCCAACAAUACCUUCCACCAUGACUUGCAAUGGUCACACAGAGGAUCUAAAAGGAUUACGUUCUUGCGUAACCUGGAACUACAGCAUAUCACUUUGCAGCCGGAUCAGCUUCAUCGCAUGCUAGAACUACCGGAAAUGCAUGGUAUACAGAGCUUGAAGAUGAAGAAUGUCUGCAUCGAUGGUCCCUACUACGACUAUAGCCGGUUGGGCAGACUCUUGCGUAUCCUUCUUCCGUCACUGAAGAUAUUCGAGUGCACCCACGGGACUACCGGUUGGACCCCCCGGACCAAGAGACCUUUCACCAGCUUCAAAGAACUCACACAAUUACAGGAGCUCACAAUAACCCUCGAACUCAUGACACCCCAAGAUCGGCUCAUUUCAGAUACACCUGUACAUCUUUUUCACCCGAAGGGUUUCUUUCCAGAUAGCUUGAGGGCACUCCAAAUCAGGCACUUCCCACGAAGCCUUAUAUACGACCUUGUUGAUAAGAUAUGUCUGAACUCUCAAACCAAUAACUAUCUUCUCAUAACUGCUGCAAGCCUUGGCCUGUCGAGUUUCGACUUGGGCAUAGCUAGUGGAGCUCGUGAGGAGCCGGGGUACAAGUCAAAGCUUUUGCUAUUGCUGAAGGAAACGAUCUGCCGCUUCAAAGACUUUGGCACUUCGAUGGAAAUCUUGAGUGUAUAG